UUUUAUUUAUAUAGCGCCAUAUCACAACAAAAGUCAUCUCAAGGCACUUUUCACAUCGAGCAGGUCAAAACCGAACUCUCUUUAAUUUACAGACCCAACAAUGAGCAGCACAUGAAAUACAUGAAACUACAGAAAACACCUUAAAUCUCAGUUUAACACCUGCAGGAUUUAUGACAUCACAGCUAGUUUGGAGCCAAUCACGGUCCAGUAUUCAGCUGACAGGUGUGACGUGGAAACACUGAGAAAUAACAGAACAAUAAUAAAUAAUAAAUGAUAUUUACAUUCACAGGUUCUGGAGUUUGGGGAGACGAUUAUAAGAUUCUUAUUUAAAGCAGCUUUAAAACAUGAGAAGAAGAUGUUUAACACAUGUAGAGAUAAAGUUUCAAUAAAUAAACUCGUCCUCUGAGUUUCUCAUGAACCUGCUGACAGCUGAGCUGAUAAACUCAAACUGUAAAUAUUGAAACAACGCUGAACAACAUCAUCAGUCACAGCGGACGGUGCCGACCUUCAGCCGACCUUCAGUCGACCUUCAGCCGACAGCAGGAGGCGGCGCUGACGUGUGAACACCGAGCUCAGAUCAGCUGACAGAUGCAGAGUCGAGUAUAAAAGCGACGAGUCGGCCUCAGUCUGAACCUCGGCGCUCCUCUCUGUCACCAUGACGACUGUGUUUCUGAUGAUGAUGAUGGUGAUCUCUGCUUCUGCUCGUCCUCUUCCUGCACACAACCUCUCCAGACCCGAGUUUCAUCAGAAUGUCACCGCCGACUUCACAGGUUACUUCAGAUCAAACAACACAGGAAACGACUCGUCUGUUUCUUCGUCCAUGAAUGCUCUUCCACAGCAAAAAGAUGACUUCAGAUCAAACAACACAGGAAACCACUCGCCUGUUUCUCCGGCCACUGCCCAUCGACAAGUCUACUGCGUCCUCCCCACCUGUCUGACAGCAAACCUUGGCUCCAGCCUGCAGACUGGGGACAAGAAGGCCGGCAGCCUCACCUCAGACCCAUUUGGCAAUGGAAAGAAAUGAACAUCUUCAUUAUCAUAAUUGUCAUCAUCAUCACACCUAUAGCAGAAUGUUUUUAUCUCCACCUGUUCACUGUUUAUUGUCACAUGACUUCAUCUACUGAACAUUUUCAAACACUCAUCACGUUUUGUCAUUGUAAAGGUUUUCAGCGUCAACAGGAAAUCAAACAAUCUUAUUUUAACAUGAAAAAAUCAAAAUAUGAGUCAGAAAGAAAAAAAAAGAUUUUUUUUCAUGUAGCAGAGGGAAGUGUUCUGUUACUGGUUUAUCACAGCUUGUCGUCAUAGGAACACUGGAGUCUCUUGUGUAACGUCACUGGUGACAGGAAGCAAAACAUUCUGUUGUUUUUGUUUGUUUCCAGCUGUUUUUCAUCUGAUCUCAGUAUUAACUUGUUCACUUGUCACCACGUUUAGAUGCACAAAUUUAGAUCCAAAAUUAUUCUUUAGUGUCAUCAGACCAGAUUUGCUGCAGAUCUGACAACAGGUGGUGCUGUUACACAUUUCAGAAGUUUUCAUUAUAGUAUUUUACCUGCAGCUCAUUAACACAUUAAAGUAAUCUAAAUACUACAAUACCCAUGAGCCUCAGCUGCUGUUUCUAUGGAGUCAGAAGUCUGAAUCAGAGUUUAGAGCUGUUGCCAUGGUUACUGAAAUGACUAGAAAGUGGUCCAGAAUCAUAAAGUUAAGUGAUUUAAACAUCUGAAUGUUUGAUGAAGUUUUGGCUCGAUGGCAGAACAUGAAGCUCUGUGACUGGAUGUUUGUCAGUGAAAUGCAUCAUGGGAGUCGUAGUUUUAUUUGUAUGGUCACAAACGUGCCUCAGGGGUCUUUACAGUCUGUACGUCCUCUGUCUUCAGACCCUAAAACUCACAGGUUUUCCUCUGUCCUCUUGUGAAUCAUCAUAUGACCCCUUCAGGGCUCCUGAGCCUCAUGUUGGGAACCAACCUACUGAUUGAUAUAUUGAUGUAUUGAUUGA